AUGCUGGAACGGGCCGCCGGAUGCCUUGAGAACGCAGGACGGCGUUUCUUUCGGGAUUCAAAUGGCAUGAUCCGAGGUCCCAAACCAUUCAACUCUGGUCCUGGGCAACUCAAUACCGCCAGCGUUGAAUGUCUCCGUUGGCUUCUGGUUUCUCUACAGUCGAAACCCACGCGACCCUCAAGUGCCUUGGGAGGCAAAGCAAGUUCAGGCGCGGUCGCCAACGAUGCGCGAUCUCCCGUUCUCGAAUUCUUGUAUCCGCCGCAUGCACAGGAAGUCGUCACGUCAUGCUUGCUACGAGCCCCCCGAAGACUUCUUCCCCGAAGAAAGAAAAAGGCCAUUCCGAGUCUGUCUCGAAAUUACGCGACGCACGCUGCUGGUUUGCCACAGUCGGCAAGAGAACCCAAGUCGGAGGAAGAAACAGCGGAGGAGCUCGAUGAGAGCAGUGAAACGAGAAGAGCACUCGUCUUGCUUUUGGCCAAGGCGCAACCCGGCCAAUAUGACCAAGCAUGGGCGCUGUAUGCGGCGCUAGGACAUCCUGACGACAUGAAUUCGGCUCUUCUGGCGUAUCUCAGUCAUUCCGCGCGUGUCAGCGACUAUAGGCGGGUCAAAAGAUUAUUUGACGGGAUCGCAGUUGACUCGAGAUCUGCCGAUGACUACUUGAACUUGGCUAGAUCUUAUCAUUCUACUGAACAACCAGCAGAGAUGAUUUCAAUUUGCCAGGAAGCCAUUUCCAGACAACGAGGUCAUGACUGCUGGGCUUUCACUCUAGCGAAACUUCUUAAAGCCGGCGAUUGGAAAGCGGUUCAUGGGUUAUGGCUCUCGAUGCCGACUACCUCGGGUACUCAGCUCUGGAGUCUCCUCGUGCCACAUUUCUCUGCGUCUGACCUAUCGCGGAAUUUGCUCGGUUUAUCUUCUUACUUGGAAAAUGAGAGUGCAGAUACAUCUCUCCGUGGUCUUUCUUCUUUCUUGAUCGCUCGUGUCUUCACGAACCGAGAGUUGGUCGAAAAGAUACCGACUGACAACCUCUUGCUUCUUUUGCGAAAGUACCAUGCACUGGACAUAAUCACACCCGGCAACUAUUUCGACCUCAUCACAACAUUCCAGUCAUCCGACAUCCGUUCAACAUUCGUCAAGUCCAUUCUAGUGUAUCGCAAUUUUCGCUGGCAGUCGCCGGAAGACAUUCCCCCGUCCAAACUCUUGGGAAAGCUUCUAGAACGACUCGCCGCGCUGGAAAUAACAACUGGGGUUCAAUACCUGUUGAAUGAGUUUACUAAAUUCUACCGAAAACCGUCGGUCUAUGCUUACAAGAGUGCCUUAAUCGCCUUCUCAAGAGCCGGCGAUGUGCAGAGUGUUACUCGUGUAUUUGAUAGGUACCUCGCGGACCAUGGCAAACCGCGUAGUCGGAAACUCGUCACUCCGCUUCUCUACGUCCAUGCUAGGGCCGGUGAUGUGAAAUCGACGCUUCGUCAGUUCGAUAGAAUAGCGGGGGAAUUCGGACUGACGCCAAACAACAUCUGCUGGAACAUUGUUCUUACUGCGCAUGCCCGAUCAGAUGACUUCCAAGGUGCCUUUGCCGCAUUUGAGAGGAUGCUAGAAAACAACGUCGAACCCAAUUCGCACACCUUCGGCACGUUGAUGGGAUUGUGUGCCCAUAAGGGUGAUAUUGCAACAGUUCGUCAACUGCUUCUUCUCGCCAAGCAGAAACAAGUGCAGAUUACAGCCCCGCUUCUUGAUACCAUCGUGGAGGCCUACUGCCGCAACCAGAGACUCGAUCUGGCCGAGAGCGUUGCAGAGACCUGCCUCGGCUUGCGCAUCCAGGGAUCGCGCUUGAGAAUGUGGAAUGUGCUGCUUUGGAACCAUGCUUUCCGGAUAGAUCUGGACGCUAUUUCUAGGAUCCGCUCCCGUAUGGAUGCGAUCGACCUAGCACCGGAUGGGAUGACCUAUGCCGCCCUCAUGCUUAGCUUGGUGCUUAUAAACCAGACGGAUUCUGCCCGUCGAAUCCUGCGGACACUUCACAGAAGCCGUCGCAUUUAUGCGACCGAAUUCCACUAUACUAUCAUUCUGUAUGGUUACGUGAAAGCCCGGAAUCGCGACAUGGUGCACAUUGUUUUCCGCGAGAUCAUAAAGCGCUUCAACCGGCCCGGAUUUAGCUCUCGUUUGCUUGUUCUGAAGAGUCAGCUCCAGCGUGACUUGCAGAUUGUGCAGGAUGAAGGUAGCGAAGGUGUCAAUGCUGCCGAAGUUCGCCUGAAAAAUGCUGAAAAAUUCCUGAUGGACACCCUCCGCAAGUUUGAUAGCAUGAAGUUGGCAUCUAAACAGCCGUUACCCGGUGCGGGAGGGCAAUCGCCUAGCAUCGCCUUCCCUGCUAUGUAUUACCAAUAUGUCAUAAACGCAUACGGAACGAGAGGAGCCUCGACGAAAGCUCGUGAACUGUUCGAUGAGUUCAUCCGAAGCGGGCCUACCCCCGAGGCGUUGGGAACUGUCGAGGACACAGCCCCGAUUCAACUAGUUUCUGCACUAAUGCUCGCCCAUCUCAAAGGCGAAGAAUAUUCAAAGGUUGAAGAGUGCUGGAAUAUGGCCUUCUCGCGUGCUAAGCACUUAGCCAGCCGGGUCGAUAUCGAUAAAUGGCUGUCUAAGCAGCUGCUCCCUGCUGCUGAUGCCACUGACGCGACUGAUGCUGCUUUUGCUGCCGAGGCUACCGAUACCAUUGAUGCCUCUGAUGUCGGUCCGCCUCAACCCUCUCUGCCGAUUUCACUACGCAGUGAGCCGGAAGGGUUCCUCAAAUUUGAUAGUUCUGGAGAGACUCAUCCCGAGACGUCUGUGCUGCACUCAUAUCGAUUCUUCUUAUCCCGGCCGCUUUCUUUAUACAUGCGUUCUUUAGCCUAUCGAAACGAGGCAUGGAAGCUCCCUCAGGUUGUAUCGGAGAUCCAGAAGGCGGGCUUUUCUAUGACGACUUUCAACUGGUCAACUUUGGUGCAGAUGCUUGCAUCCUCUGAUAGACCCUCAGACCAGCUCGAAGCUUUCACCAUCUUCGAAACAAAGUUCAUGCCAAACUUUCCUGGAUGGAAGAACCUACGCCGAGGGCAUGGGCUGAAGCCCAACGGAGUUCCGGCUGGUAUUGACUUAAUGGAAAACCCCAAGCGCGGGAAGCGCCCCGAUGUCCUUGGUAAGGAAGGACGGCGAUACUGGAGCAAGGUCCAGCCGGACUUUCUGCAGCCUACUUACAUCUCUAUGGUGUAUCUGGCUUCCUCCUUACUUAGAUUCCGUGAGAGAAGUAUUUACGAUGGAUCAGCCGAAGUGAAAGCCCUCUACAAGGAAGCACCAAAAACCAUCAAGGCGAUAGCCUACAUGCCCAUUCUACGUGACAAAUUCCAGGGUGUGUUGCUUCGACGUCGCCAAGAACGAAGCGACAAGAGGAAUGCCGAGAAAGGAUCCAAUCACUUUGUAUGGACUGGAGGUAUUCUCGGAGUAGGCGGUAGACGUCGGGCCAUUCCUCGGCCAAAGGAAGAAUAUUACGACAUCGAGGAAGAGGGGACUGAGGACGGCGAUGAGGCGAAGGAGGUCGAGGGAGAAGGGGAAAGCGGAGAGGCCGAAGAGCCCGAGAAAUCCGAGGAAGAUAAGGAGUUCGAAGCUUUGGCUCUGCAAUAUGCGCACAUUCGACCUGAUCCGGAAAACACCGUGGAACCUGGCGAGAAUAGGUUUUUCAUUGAUGAGACCGACCCUGUCUCGUUAGACAAUACUUCCGAGCUCCCUGAAAAGACCAUCGACCCCCAGGACGAGUAUGACAUCGAGGCUGAAUCUCUUCUGGAGGCCCGACGUAUCGCGGAGGGGGUGACCGAUGAGUUAUUCGAUCGCGAGCAACAUGACAACUCAGACAACAAUGAUGAAGACGGCAGUUCUCGGCCGGUGGAAGGAGAACAUGGUUCCGGUCAGGAAGACUCGCACAGCGAAAACCCGACUGCUAAGGACUCUGACAACGAUGAAGACACUGGCAGCUCUCUGCCGGUGGAAGUGGAACAUCCCGAUCAGGAUCAUGGGCUCCACGAAAAUCAGCCUCCCAAGGAAGAGCUGGCUAAAAAAGACAACCAGGACUCGUCUUACACAACGGGCGCGUCAAACACGCGUCUGGUCCAGCGAGACGCGAUUCAAUUCUGCCCGAUCGGGACGGCGUGUCGGCGCCGAAAGGAUCCUCCGCCAUCCCACUCUUUCGUCCAGCUGCAGCUCCGCAAGGGAACAAGCACCACCUCUGGACCCAAGGCCAUUAUCUACCAGCUCUCCGGUUCUUGGACAAGCCAACUGGCUCAAUUUCACCCCCAUUCCAUUCCACCGCAUUUAGGGCCAAAUUCCUUCGCCAUGGACGGGGUGCAACUCCGUGAUGAGGCCGCUCAGGAUCGAGUGCGUGCCGCCGUCGAGUUUCUCGAUCCGACCGAUGCGAGAGCGCGAAGUUACCGAGCAGACAUUGUAUUGAUGUUGAAUCGGGGACUACGUCGCUUGAUAGUGAGCAUCGAUGAAAUCAGAGCCCACAACCGUGAGAUCGCCGAUGGCCUGCUCACGAAUCCAUUCGAUUACUCGCAAGCCUUCGACAGAGCCCUAAAAGAUGUUAUUAAGUCGUUAGGCCGGUCCUCGCGAGAAACAGCAGACGAUGUGAACUAUUACUGCGCUUACGUCGGAGCCUUCGGAGAAUUCGCCUGCAAUCCUAGGACCCUAGGGUCGAAUCAUCUGAACAGGAUGAUUUCCCUGGAGGGAAUUGUUACGAAGUGUUCAUUGGUCCGGCCGAAAGUGAUCCAGAGUGUUCACUAUAGCGAGCGCAAGGACCGAUUUCUCACGAGAAAGUAUCGAGAUCAGACCAUGACUGCCAGCGGAGCCACAAAUCUGAAUGUUUAUCCACAAGAGGAUGACGAAAAGAACCCGCUCAUUACCGAGUAUGGUUACUCUACCUAUAUGGACCAUCAAACGAUUUCGAUUCAAGAAAUGCCUGAGCGAGCGCCGGCCGGUCAGCUGCCCCGAAGCGUGGAUGUGAUCCUUGACGACGACCUGGUAGACCGAGCCAAACCCGGAGAUCGAAUCCAACUGGUCGGUAUCUAUCGCUCCCUGGGAAAUCGAAAUGCAAACUCUGGAUCCUCGACUUUCCGUACGCUCAUUCUCGCAAACAACAUCAUCCAACUAUCUUCCAAAUCCGGCGGAGGAAUUGCGCAGGCCACUAUUACCGACACCGACAUUCGAAACAUCAACAAGAUCUCGAAGAAGAAGAACGUGUUUGAAUUGAUGUCACAUUCGCUUGCACCUAGUAUCUACGGCCAUGAUUACGUGAAGAAGGCAAUGUUGCUCAUGCUGUUGGGUGGUAUGGAGAAGAACCUUGAUAACGGCACUCACUUGCGUGGUGAUAUCAACAUUUUGAUGGUUGGUGAUCCCUCCACCGCCAAGUCGCAACUCCUUCGAUUCGUCCUGAACACCGCUCCUCUUGCGAUUGCUACCACUGGACGGGGAUCGUCUGGAGUUGGUCUGACGGCUGCUGUUACUUCCGAUAAGGAAACUGGGGAGCGCAGACUGGAGGCCGGUGCAAUGGUACUCGGUGACCGCGGUGUCGUCUGUAUCGACGAGUUCGAUAAGAUGAGUGAUGUCGACCGUGUGGCCAUUCACGAAGUGAUGGAACAGCAGACGGUUACCAUUGCCAAAGCCGGUAUUCACACGAGUUUGAACGCUCGAUGCAGUGUCCUGGCUGCGGCCAACCCGAUCUAUGGACAGUACGACCCGCACAAAGACCCGCACAAGAACAUUGCCUUGCCGGAUUCUCUCUUGUCGCGUUUCGAUUUGCUCUUCGUCAUGACAGAUGACAUUGAGGAUUCUCGGGACCGAAUGGUUUCAGAGCAUGUGCUACGUAUGCACCGUUACCGCCAGCCUGGUGUUGAAGAAGGCGCGCCUGUUAGAGAACAGCUCAACCAGAGCCUGGGUGUUGGUCUCGAGGAUAACCAAGACUCCAACCAACCAACCGAAGUCUUUGAGAACUUCAACGUGAUGCUCCACGCCGGUAUGGUUAACACCGGCCGGAACAGAGGAAAGAACCCCGAAAUCCUGAGCAUUCCCUUCGUGAAGAAAUACAUCCAAUAUGCCAAAUCGCGUGUCAAGCCUGUGUUGACGAAGGGAGCUGCUGAUCACAUUGUGUCAACCUACUCGGCAUUGCGAAACGACGAACUUUCCGGCAACCAGCGCCGAACAUCUCCCAUCACAGCCCGUACCCUCGAAACGUUGAUUCGUUUGUCGACUGCUCACGCGAAGUCUCGCCUGUCUAGUCGGGUUGAAGAGCGCGAUGCCAAGAUUGCCGAAUCUAUCCUUCGUUUUGCCAUGUUCAAAGAAGUCCUUGAGGAUGAACGCCGGAAGCGAAGAAAGGUUGCCUCCUUCGACGAAGACUCCGAGUCCAGCGGUUCCGAUUCCGACGACGACGACGAUGCCACGCCAGCAAAUACCGCAAGUGCGCGAUCGACCCGGAGAGGCGGCACGACCAGCACGCGCGCAGAAGCCCGUACGACCGCCGACGAAAUGGAUGCAGAUGGAGACGAUGUGUCAGAAAACGGCGACGGCUUGUACAGUGCCAGCCCCCGUGGUCAGCGACUCCGAUCGAGCGCCACCCGCACCCAGACCCAGAGCCAGUCCCAGAUGUCUGUGGCAUCCUCUCAACCCGCUUCGCAGCUUGUCGAGUCCCAGACGGAUAAUUCGCAGUCCCAGGGAGCGUCCGCCGGUGGCGCUUCGCAGUCUCUGCAGCCUGCUCGCCUGACGGUCUUCCGUCAGGCACUCGGGCCCUUGAUGGGAACCCAAGUGUUCGCUAGCGGCGACACCGCCGACGUGGAAGAACUCAUCGGUGCUGUGAACACCGCGGUCCGCAAUAACCGCUCGCUCGGCGAAGGACAUACGUUCCAGCGAGCGGAAGCCAUCCAAGCCUUGAAGGCCAUGAAUGAGAGAAAUGAGCUGAUGUUCCUUGAAGAAGACGAGACAGUUUAUAGGAUUUAA